UCCCGCGCUCCCUCACUGCUGCUCGUGUCCCCUAAUGAGGGUGUCAGUGCCGGAGCCGGCGCCAGCCGCGGUCCCCACGGCUGGCCGCGAACCCUCGUCGCCCGGCGGGGGCGCCGUCGCGGCCUCGGGUGCCGCGGUGCCAGGCUCGGUGCAGCUGGCGCUGAGCGUGCUGCACGCGCUGCUUUACGCAGCGCUCUUCGCCUUUGCCUACCUGCAGCUGUGGCGACUGCUCCUGUACCGCGAGCGGCGGCUCAGUUACCAGAGCCUCUGCCUCUUCCUCUGUCUCGCGUGGGCAGCGCUCAGGACCACGCUCUUCUCGGCCGCCUUCUCCCUCAGCGGCUCGCAGCCCGUGCAGCGGCCGCCCUCUCGCCUACACUUCUUCCCGCACUGGCUGCUCUACUGCUUCCCCUCCUGCCUCCAGUUCUCCACGCUCUGUCUCCUCAACCUCUACCUGGCAGAGGUUAUAUGUAAAGUCAGAUGUGCCACUGAACUUGACAAGCACAAAAUUCUACUGCACUUGGGCUUUAUACUGGCAAGCUUCCUCUUCUUAGCAGUGAACUUGACCUGUGCAAUGCUAGUCCAUGGAGAUGUCCCAGAAAAUCAGUUGAAAUGGACUGUGUUUGUUCGAGCAUUAAUUAAUGAUACCUUGUUUAUUCUUUGUGCCAUCUCUUUAGUUAGUUACAUAUGCAAAAUUACAAAAAUGUCAUCAGCAAAUGUCUACCUCGAAUCAAAGGGCAUGUCUCUGUGCCAGACUGUCGUCGUCGGCUCUGUCGUCAUUCUGCUCUACUCCUCCAGAGCUUGUUACAACCUGGUAGUGAUCGCCAUAUCACAGGAUACUUUAGAGAGUCCGUUUAAUUACGGCUGGGAUAAUCUUUCAGAUAAGGCUCGUGGGGAAGAUGGAAAUGGAGGAGACUACAUCGUCUUUGGAAUGGUCCUCUUUCUGUGGGAACACGUACCCGCGUGGUCAGUGGUACUGUUUUUCCGGGCACAGAGAUUAAACCAGAACCUGGCACCGGCUGGCAUGGUGAGCAGCCACAGCUACAGCUCCAGAGCUUUCUUUUUCGACAACCCAAGACGGUAUGACAGUGAUGAUGACCUGCCAAGACUGGGGAGCUCACGAGAAGGAAGUUUAUCAAACUCGCAAAGUUUGGGCUGGUAUGGCACCAUGACUGGGUGUGGCAGCGGCACUUACACAGUCACCCCGCCACUGAAUGGCCCUGUGACAGACACUGCUCCCUUGCUCUUCACAUGCAGUAACCUGGAUAUGAGGAGUCACCAUCGAUUCUACGUGACUCCACAGAACUGAGGGUUUUCCCGCGGCAGGCAUCUUGAACUGCUUUCAUGAAUGUGUAUGUGUACUCGACAUCUUUAAAAGCAUCUACAUCAACAUUGCAUCAUCUAUUGCAACUAGCAAAAUCUGGAAAUCCAGCUGUGUUUCGUGGAGAUCCUCAAAACACAGCUGUUUGUUUUGACCUCUGCAUAGUGAAAUUCAAAGUUCGGAGGAGAAAGAGAUUAGAUGCUAAGGUAGUUGAUGACCUCAGAACCUCCUAACUUUGAGUGUACAACGCACAUUUGCAUAUUUGCACUUUUACCUGUGUUCAGAAAGAAUACUUUGCAGUCCCCAAAGCCACGCUCAAGUAUUGAGUAUUCACACCAGAAUAUUAUUGUACACCAGUUCAGAAGGCAGUUUUUCCACGAAAAAUCAAAACCUAGAAAUUCAGAGGUGUACUCUCCAUGAAAUCCUUACCCAACUGCAGCUUUCGAGUGUGAUCAGUGCACAGAGUUAAGGCUUAAAAAUGUAUCAUUCCUUUUAAAAACAUGUAACAUUGAAGACAGUUUUUUAAAGCAUGUUUUGAAAACAAUUUUGAUUGAAAUUACUCCAUUAUUUGAAACAAGCGAUAGUAGAAACCCUUCAUGGUGCUGCUGGCUGGUAGUGUUCUUAACAGUGAGCCAGUGGAGACUGUGUGGCUUUGAGCAGGACUGGUCAAGUGGCUAUUCUGUAUGACUAAAGUAAGUAGCAGUUUAAGCAUGAUUCUUCCAGAAGCAAUAGUGACUUUUGCAUAGGGGGUUUCAGUAGAACUUCUUGGGACUAACAAACAAGCUUACAGAUGCACUUAGGGAUUGUUCAUUUUAAAAAGUGCUAAGUUAAAAACAGUAUGUUUUCAAAGAGUAUUCAAUUUAUUUGAAAGGAGAUGGAGCAAAUCCCACCUACUGAGUCAUGAUUGUCCUCAGGUAAAUUAAAUCAUGAGACAUUUUGCAGUGAGCUAAAGUGCAAUACUUUAUAAAAUGUGUAAUCCUGCCUUUAUUUUUCACAUUUUAUACCUUGUAUAUGGGCUAAGCCAAAUUAAUUCCAAUCAAUUCCAGUACUGGAUUAAUAAGCAAACAAGAGAAGUGUAGAGGUUAACAACACUGGGAUAGUUUAGGACUUCAUUAAAACUGUUUUAAAUAUGCUACUGUAAGCAGUGUGCUUGAGUGCAUUCAAGCCCACACACACAACAGUAGGCAAAGACAACACAAUUUUAAAAUGCACUUUCUACCUGUGUUUCUAUGGAAAGCAGAUGCUGAAUACCUCAGAUUCCAAGGGGACAGGCAGCAUAGGUUUCACGCAGGUAAAAAUGACCCCACAACAAGAUCUACCAGCUGCUUUGGAACUGGGCGAACACAGCUGCCCUCUUCUGUCUACUGACUAGAAACUGUCUUAUUUGUACUCAUACCUAAAAUCUUUCAGCUUUUUAACAACUAAUGCAGCAACUUCACAAAAAUAUAUAUGAAUCUUUAAAAACAUUGUUAAUCCUUUCUAUCUUUUGAGAGGAUGGUAUAAAGCCAAAUACUUUUCUUUUUUUAUGAACAAUCAAUUUUGAAUUCAAUCAGAAGCAUACUUAUACAUAGCAUUUGUUUGUAAGUUCUUACUGUAACAAAUGAUUUCAACUUUUAUAGUGCAGAAGCUAGCCUUGGUACUAUGAUGACAACAACCUAACUAUAGUCUACAACUGUGGAUUUCUUUUCAGUUUUUCGGUUUUUCAGAAUACCAGUUGUUUAUUUUGAUGAUGUUAGGUAUCUAACUCUAUUGUUUUUGAUAUUUUUUUCUAGUUAAGCUUCUCUACACAAACAUCCUGGUUGACAAAGUAAGCAAAGAUUACAUAAACUCUUCAGAUAAAGAAUCUCAAUUCUUUUUGCUGCACUGGUUGACUACGCUGAAUUUGAGAUUUAUUCGUUAUAUUUAUCACUGACUCAAGUACCUAAAUUCUUUUUAUGGGGAGGGGGUGUUGAGACAGGGUUUCUCUGUGGCUUUGGAGCCUAUCCUGGAACUAGCUCUUGUAGGCUUUUUU